AUUAAAUUUCACAACGAAAACCCUAAUCGGACCAAUCCUAGGGUUUACCCUUUUGACCGGAUCCAGACCGACAGGCCUAUCAGAUUUUUAGGUUUUUUUCUUUAGUAGAUAUGGAGGUCGCUGUCGUCAGCUCGCUGGAAAAGAAGCAGAAGCAGAAGCAGAAGCAGAUAUGGGCUUGUUCUAUAACCGAAGCCAUGGUUGCUGAUACGGUUCUCAUUGUCGGAAGAACCGUAGCUUGUCUGCUCCUCGUGGCAGGAUCUUUGCUGACUGGUUUUACCACGGUAGAACAGAGAUUUCCGUUUGAGGAGCUUUACAAGAAGGAAUGCCAUAGCGAGGAAAACAAAGAUGGCAGUGAAACUGAGGACGAUGAUGAUGAUGAGGAAGGUGCUGAUGACGACGACGACGAUGAUGACGAUGAUGCAGGUGAUGAGGAUUUCUCGGGGGACGAAGGGGAAGAAGCUGACCCCGAGGACAAUCCAGAGGCCAAUGGGGAGGGAGGAAGCGGUGAUGAUGACAAUGAUGAUGAUGAUGAUGGUGAUGACAAUGACGACGAUGACGACGAUGAUGAUGACAAUGAUGAGGAUGAGGAUGAGGACGAGGACGAGGACGAGGAAGAUGUUCGUCAGCCACCGUCGAAGAAGAGGAAGUGAGGUGACGAUGAGAAGAGAGGAAAAUGAAGAUUGGGUCUUGGGGAUGUUUAGGGUUUUCAGACAGUCUUUUUUUCUCUCUCUCUCUCUCUAAACUUUCGGACAUUGGAUGGUUAGAGAGAAUCAUAUGGGUAUUUGAAGUCAUUAGUGUAGGAAACUUAGCUUCGUCAGCUGUCGUUGUCCUCUUCUUCGCGAGUUAUUGUGUUGUUUCCAUUGUUGUUAUGUAAUUUUUCUUCAUGGUUUUUUAGAUUCUGUU